AUGUUGCUCAGACUGAAGUUAUUGCUGUCGUUGUGGAUCAGACUGAAGUCAUUGCUGUUGUUAUUAUUUGCUGUUGUUGUCUCUCAGACUGAAGUUAUUGCUGUUGUUGUCUCUCAGACUGAAGUUAUUGCUGUCGUUUUGCUCAGACUGAAGUUAUUGCUGUCGUUGUCUCUCAGACUCAAGUUAUUGCUGUCGUUGUCUCUCAGACUGAAGUUAUUGCUGUCGUUGUCUCUCAGACUGAAGUUAUUGCUGUCGUUGUUGCUCAGACUGAAGUUAUUGCUGUCGUUGUCUCUCAGACUCAAGUUAUUGCUGUCGUUGUCUCUCAGACUGAAGUUAUUGCUGUCGUUGUCUCUCAGACUGAAGUUAUUGCUGUCGUUGUUGCUCAAACUGAAGUUAUUGCUGUCGUUGUCUCUCAGACUGGAAGUUAUUGCUGUCGUUGUCUCUCAGACUGAAGUUAUUGCUGUCAUUGUCUCUCAGGCUGAAGUCAUUGCUGUCAUUGUCUCUCAAACUGAAGUUAUUGCUGUUAAUGUUGCUCAGACUGAAGAUAUUGCUGUCGUUGUGGUUCAGACUGAAGUUAUUGCUGUCGUUGUGGCUCAGACUGAAGUUAUUGUUGUUGAUGUUGCUCAGUCUAAAGUGAUUGCUGUCGUUUUCUCUGAGACUGAAGUUAUUGCUGUCGUUGUCUCUCAGACUGAAGUUAUUGCUGUCCUUGUCUCUCAGACUGAAGUUAUUGCUGUUGAUGUUGCUCAGACUGAAGUUAUUGCUGUUAAUGUUGCUCAGACUAAAGUAAUUGCUGUCGUUGUUGCUCAGACUGAAGUUACUGCCGUCAUUGUCUCAGACUGAAGUUAUUGCUGUCGUUGUCUCCCAGACUGAAUUUAUUGCUGUCGCUGUCUCUACUGUGUUAUACGUGCUAUACGUAUAUUGUAUAAAUGCUGUGCUAUAACUAAUGUAUACUGCGAAUCUGUAUCUCUCAUCUGGAAAUAUAUUUUCAACCGUA